UCGGGAUAUCCUCUCCCCCCCUCCCCCUGUCCGUGUUGACACGUCGAAGUCGUGUCCGCCGCGCGAUGCUCGUCGCCGUCUGGUGAUGACGCUCGGCCGCGAUUCCUAACGCCGGCGCGACGCGUUUAUCGUUGCGGGCGGAGCGCGCGAGCGCUCGCUCGACGAUCCCGCUCGUCCCGGCGCUGCGCGCGAACGGCGCGUCGUAAAGCGUCGUUCUAUGACAGUGCGGAGGUUAGGAUCCCACCGUUCUCUCGCCGCGAGCGGCACGCUCGUCCCCGCGGGCUCGUCCCCGCGCCCCUCGCCGUCGUCGCGUGGCGCGAUGACCGUCUGCGAUUGCUGAAACCGUCCGGAGCUCUCUAUCUCUCUCUCUCGCUCGCCACCCGAUCCGAGGGAGACCGCGGGGCAAUGGCGAAAUUCAGAAUGCUGCCGCGCACCUCGCGCAUCGUGGCCCUCUGCUCGGCCGCGAAUUUCAUCAACGCCGCGGACAGGGUCAUCAUGCCGAUCGCCAUCGUCCCGAUGACCGACGAGUUCAAGUGGAACCUGUACUGGCAGGGCUGGAUACUGUCCGCGUUCGCCUUCGGAUACUUCACUAGUCAGAUCAUCGGCGCGAGCACGGCGAGUCGCUUCGGCUGCAAGACGGUCCUCAUGCUGGCGGUGCUGCUGUGGUCCAUCAGCACGGUCGUCACCCCGCUGCUGGCGCAGUCGGUGCCGCUGCUCAUAGUCUGCAGGGUGGUCCUGGGACUCGGAGAAGGACUAGGCCUACCGGUGAUAUUUCAUUUAUUCGCGCACAACGUCCCCGUGGAGGAGAGAUCGCGCGCUUUCGGUUACCUGGUGGCUGCUGGUUCCGUCGGCCAAGUGGUCGCGUCUGUUAUAUGCCCGCACUUGGCAUGGCAAACGGGAUUUUACUUGUUCGGGACAAUAGGUAUCAUGUGGACUCUGCUGUGGCUGAUGCUGUAUCAGGAAACAAACUCUCAAGACGAGAUACCGUUAUUUGUUCCUAAAGUAGCUCAGAAUAGAAGCUUGCGUUGGACCGAGUUCAUUGCCCACUGGCCCCUGUGGGCUCUGUACAUAGCGCACUUUGCAAUGAACUGGAGCAAUUACAUAAUAAUGCAGUGGCUACCAACUUAUUUGGCAAGAAACUUGUCUGCGAACAAAGAGAGCAUCAGCUUGACGGCUCUCCCUUACAUUGUUAAUUCUCUCAUUGGCAUUGUUGCUGGCCACAGCGCUGACACUUUGAUACAGAAAAGAUGGUCCGUUCUAUCUGUUAGAAGAUUGAUGACAAAUAUAGGCCUAAUCGGACCAGGUGCUUUUCUAUUAGCUUUCUGUGCUGUAGAUAAUCUGCUUGCUGCGGUCAUCUUCGUUUCGAUAUCCAUGGGCCUCUGCGCGUGCAACUCCGCCGGACAUCUAAGUAAUCACGCGGACAUAGCUCCGAAUCACGCGGGAAUUACAUUUGCGGUUUCAAAUACAAUUGCAACAGUACCUGGAAUUCUCUGUGGACCACUGACGGCCGAAUUAGUAACCGCCUCGCACGGUUGGUGGAUGCCGGUCUUCGUGCUGGCGGCAGCGAUCAAUUUCACCGGGGCUAUAAUAUACCAAAGCCACAGUUCGGCGCUUCCAGUGUUGUGAUAUGCUCUAUCUCUCAUCCAACGAUUCUUUGUUACUCAAGAGAAAGUGAUCGAGUGCUUGUUGAGGACAAUGCGGAGAUAUCUGCGUGAUCUGAAGUCACUAUGAAUGAUUCUCAAUGAAGUAGCUGUUUGAAUGUUUACAAGAAUGUUGGGGCGAUGCGUUUGAUCAUCGCGUAUCGGCCAGUCGAAGACAUAUCAUAACGCUUUAUUUAUACUUAAAAUAAACUUGUAUUAUUUCUUUCGAAGCAGCAAAGUGUGGACUUGACAGACAGUGCCAUAAUUUGACGGAUGUAACCAGUUUGAGAAAACUAAUCGGGACAGGCGGUCCCGUACAUCUCUUCGUAUGUAAUGAAUUUAUAUGUGUAUUGUGUCACACUCGAGAAUUAGCGGGAAACAUUUUGUGAUAUGUUCGAAUAAAAGUUAAAAGGUUUAGUUACGCAGUUAGGACAUAAAGUGUAUAAAAGCGCGGGAUUGUACAGAAGAGAAAUUUUAACUUUCACGUUUGUAUAUUUUUUAAAGCAUUUUAGCACACGGAAGGGAAUGAUCUGUUCGCGUUGCGAGAAUCGAGAAAGUGAAAACAAGACUUGCGGAAUGAAUUUCAAACAAUUUAAGAUACAAUGAUUUAGAAUUGUUUAAGAAGAAAAAAAUAUAUUAAUGAUACACAGC